UUGGUUUUCAAGGUUCUGGUUCAUCUCAGCUGAAGGGACAGGAUGCACGGGAGGCCAAAAUGGAAGUUGAUGUGCCUUCCAUUGUUUCACCACCUGUACCCAUGAAGUCAACUGUAGUACCUGAAGGAGCAACUGUACCGUUUAGCCAGCAACAGCGAAAAAGAACAAUUGGAGCGCAGUCGGACAUUCAACAAAAGAAACCGGCAGUCGAAAACAAAUCUGUAACGUACAGGCUAAUCACUCCUCGCCGAGUGAUCAGGCAACAGGUGCAGCCAGUUCAGGAAGAUGUCCAGGUGAAUGUCGCCCGAAACGUGGCAGGUGGUGGCGCCGUUCUUGCUGGCGGUGCUGGCGGUGCUGGUGGCCUGGUCGGCGGACUGAGCGCCGGUGGUCUUGUUGGUGGAGGUGGUGGAGCUGUUUUGGGCGGUGAAGGUCUGGUCGCUCUGGACGGUGGUGCAGGUCUGGGCGAUGGUGGCUACGGCAGCGGUGGUGGACUUGUUGCACUUGGCGGAGAAGAAAUUGAUGCUGGUGGACUUUCUGGUGGUGUUGUCCUUGGUGGUGGUGGUAAAUCCUCUAUUGGUUACAACGGAGUUCCCGCAGACUACAAAUAA